AUGGAUUCGCACCCAGCACACUUGAGAAAUUAAAAAAAGUAGAUCACUUUGAUUUUCAAAUCAAGUUAAAAUCUAAAUUAAUUAUCACAAAAAUUAGUUUAGACAAGCCAUUCAGAAAUAAAUGUGCAAACAGGUCCUCGACUAAAUCCAAACAAAAUUUAAAGCAGAUCUGGGGAUACAGGAGAUCUCCUUGAAAGUGUAAAUUUUCUACAAAGCAGUGAAAGUCUUGGCUCGAGUUUAUUUCCUUAGUAGAUUACUAAAAGUGGUUCUCUUCUGAAUUAAUAUUGCCCUCAUGUUCCUCUUACACAAGAGAUAGAAAAUUGCUUAUUUGAAUAAAUAAAGUCAGCUUCGACAUGUAAAUUUUAGAAUAUUUGCAAAAUGAAUUGCAAGAUGAAAUUUAAUCCCGCAUAUACUAAUGUUUAAUAAAUAUUGUUAUAUUAACUCCAUGAAAAUUAGAUUGUAGAAUUAAAAAACAUAAUAAUGAAAAAUCAAGAAAAGAAGAUCAGGGCUUGUGAUGGGUAAGGAUGCGAAUUCUAUUUUAUUUUGAAUAAUUAAUUACCAUAAGCAAAUUAUUACUGUCCUCUUUGCUUAGAAUAUUUUGAGUUAAAAAUAUGA